AUGACGCGCAGCGAGGAGGACAUCAAACCGUCCGAUGACGUCACCCUGUCGAAUGACGUCACGCGAGCUGAUGACGUCGUCGCCGACGUCGCCACGGUCGGCGUCCCUCCAGAAGCCAUCAACAACAGCUGCUGCAGCACGCUACCCUUCAAACUGUUCAAAUUUGUCAACUUUUUGGUGGGAUCCUCUGUGAAAAGAUGACUUUAUGAAGAUUUUUAGGGUAAAAAGAAAGAUUUCAUCAAAAGAAGGAAAAAUGCAGAGAACGAUACGGCCGCACAGAAGCGUAUCACGUCAGUUUUGAUUUGGAAAGUUAGGCUGUCGGAUUUGGAAAACUAGGCCUUUACGUUUAAACUUUAGUUUUUUGAGUGCAGAAAGGGAUUUUUUGAGGGGGGUGUUACAAAAUAGGGCGUAUAAGUAAGAUUUUACGAAAACAGACCCUCCAUAUUUAAGCUUCAGAUGUGAGUUUUCCGUAUAAAUAUGAAGAUUCUUUUUCAUUUGGAAAGUUAGGCCGCCAGACAAUAUUAUUAAAAAACCUCGAAUAAAAAUUUUUUAAGAAACGCUUUUUUGAUCCAUUUUGAGCAAAGCAUUCGAAAUUUCACAAAAAAAGAGCAUAUUAAUAAUCUAGAAGUUCAAAAAGAGUUCAGAAUCUACAUGGGGUUACGACAGAAACCGAGCAAUUGGCUCCACACACAUCACUACUCGAUUAUCAUGUUUCUACCGUGUUUUCUUCUCAAUCAGUUCAAGCAAUUCGCCAAUUUCGUCUUUCUUCUCCUAACUAUUCUGCGGGUGAGCGCAAUUUUGGGAGGGGGUGCGCGUUUUCGGGGUGGGAUGCGCGUUUUUGAGGGGGAAGUGCGCGUUUUUGGGAAACGCAUGAUUUUGGAAGUUCAUCGCGUUUUUUUAAAAAAAUAUUAAUUUUUUUAAAACUUCAUAAAUCAUUUUCUGGGCCUUCCCAUAAGAUAUUGGGCGUGAAUUGGACUGCGCGAUUUUUGGGAGAGGGUGCGCGAUUCUGAGGGUGACGCGCGAUUUUAAAAUGAAGCUCACGAUUUAGAGAUUUGACCGCGUUUAUAAAAGUACCGAUUUUUUUUUACUACGUUAGGAAUCGUUGUCUGACCCACCUCACAAGAUUUUUGCAGUUAAUUGGAGUGCGCGAUGUUGGGGGAGGGUACGCGAUUUUGAGAGGAAAGUGCGCGAUUUUUAGGAUAAAGCGCACCAUUUUUAAUCAGCCCGAAAAGUUCAGACACAAAUCAGAAACGCAGCUUUUGGCAACGAAAUGAUUGCUCCCCUAUGUUUCAUACUUGCAUGUACACUUGUCCGCGAGAUUUUUGAAGACAUUGUGAGUUUUGAAUCAAUAUUUCUUGUAACAUCACUGUUUCAUGACUUUAGAUUCGCCGGAUACGAGACCGGAAAGUCAAUCGGCAAUUCGUCUACGCGCACACCGACCAAGGAUGGCAGGAGACUUUUUGGAGCUCGGUAGGUGGAGGAUUCGAACCUGGGACCUUUUGAGCGGUAGGAAAAAGUCUUGCCAGUUGAGCAAUGCUUUUGAAAGGCUCGCACUAAAUUUUUAUGACCUUUAGUGCUCUAAAAAGGUUAAAGAAAUAAUGGCAAAACAGUGGCCGUUCUGGAGCGGAGUCGAACCCUUGACCUUCUGAGCAGUACCUGAAAAAAAGUAAGGCGUCUCGCCAGUUGAGCAUGAACUAUACAUCACUUUAAGAAAGCUAGAAAAAGGGCAAAAAACAUAGCCGUUCCGAAGCGGAGCCGAACCCUCGACCUUCUGAGCCACACCAAAUUUUCCAGCUCCACGUCGGCCAAAUCAUCCAAGUCAAGUCUGGAGAACAACUUCCGGCCGAUUUGCUCAUUUUGGCGACUUCCGAACCGGGGAAUAUUGCUUACAUUGACACGGCUAAUUUAGACGGCGAGAGCAAUCUCAAGGUAGUAUGAGCAAAUCUGAGGAAUUCUGAGAAGUUUGCUAGGUCCGCCAAGCGGUCGUCGACAUGGAGCAUCUUAUCGAUGAAGCCACGUUGGAGGUUGCAGAUUUUUUCGGAGAGUAUUUUUUAUUAAUUUUAGACCUUCUGGAACUCGAGUACCUCGAUCCAUUGUGACGCUCCGAAUCGUCAGAUUCACGAAUGUGACGGCUACAUCGAAACUGGCAGCGAUAGCACUACGUCCAGCGGCAAGAGUGGCAAAGGCGAGAACUUUCUUAUGAACUGUAGAUUGGUAAAGAGCGAAAGCCGUUUCUGGUCGGGCGCGAAUUGAGCCAUACUCAUUGAGCUUUGAAGUCAUCAUUAAGUCGUUAAAACAGAAUAAAUGUUGCGAAAACUGGACCUUGUUGCCCAACCUAAAUAGAUUCCAGCGGCAAGAGUGGCAAAGACGAGAACUUUCUGUCCAUCUUAUAAGCUGGAGAUUGGGAAAGAGCGCAAGCCGUUUUUGGUCGGGCGCGCAUCAAGCAACUCGAUUGCGUAAACUGGGUGUUUCAAACCUUGCCCGACCUAAAACACUUCCACGGAAACAGUGGCAAAGACGAGAACUUCCUGUCGUUCUUCUGAACCAAAGAUUGCGAAAAAGCGCAAGCCGUUUCGGGUCGGGCGCGCGUUGAGCCUCUCUAACUCUCUCUAUGGAACUAAGGUUUUCAACAGAUAAAACUCAUAAUUAAAAUCGUUAUUCCAAUCUCAAUGAUAGUAGAUUUAUUGCGAUUUAAAGGGGCGGGACUUCUGCGUGACCCUCUCGUUUCGACGGGCAAUUUCCACGUUUCUCUGACCUCACCGGUGAGGGAACAGAGAGACGCAGACAGUCGAGAGCACGGUUUAAGACUAACCUGAUAAUGAUCAAAUUUUCUUCUAACCUUCAAAAUCUUGGGCUGAAAAAGUGGGGUACUAGGAAAACUAGGACUUGAUCUGAGCUCGAAUAAUUGAUUUUUUGCACGAAUUUUUAGAUUUUUUUUUGUCGAUUCGAAUAGUGGGUCGUUAAAACAGAAAAUUAUGGCGAAAAACUGGGCCUUCCAAAGCUUGCCCGACCGAAAACGGCUUGCGCGCAAGAGCAUCAUUUGCGAACCUUACAAAAAACUAAAAAAAAAGAGAAAUAUGACCAAUUUUCAGCUACUCCUGACCGAAGCAUGGUCGCCCAAAAACCUUCGAAAACUAUUGAGUUUUGUGCGUUUUUUCCAGAGAUUUAUUGUAUUUUUGUGGCUUUUUUCAGCUAUCAACAACAUGUUGUUGAGAGGAUCCAGGUUGAAAAAUACGAAACACGUGUACGGCGUGGUGAUUUACACGGGUAAAGACACGAAACUCAGCAAGAAUAAUACGAAAAAGUCGCCGAAACGGUGAGCUUCUCCCACUUGUCCCAAACGGGUGUACCCGAAUCGAUCCCGUAGGGCUAUUUUCGUCCCAGUUGUGCGAAAAGAGGGAAACUAAGAUAUGUUUAUUCCGAGAAUCUGAGACCCAACUGAGCUAAAAAAGGGCAUCAGCUGUAGAGAUGCUGUGAUUACAAGGGCUUAAUACGGGCAGACCCGCAUCAGAGUUACACGGGUAGACCCGAUUUAUCAUUACACGGGCAGACUCGAUCUGUUGUUAAUACGGGCAGACCCGUUAUAUCGUUACACGGACAGACCCGCUCUAUUGUUAAUAUGGGCAGACCCGCUUUAUCGUUAUUACGGGCAGACCCGUUUUAUCGGCAAUAAGGGCAGACCCGAUUCAUAGUUAACGGAUAGACCCGGUUUACAGUUACACAGGCAGACCCGCUUUAUCGGUAAUACGGGCAGACCCGCUUCAUCUUUACAUGGGUUGACCCGCUUUAUCGUUAAUACGGGCAGACCCGCUUCAUCGGUUAUGAGGGCAGACCCUUUUUAUAAUUAUACGGGCAGACCCGAUUCAUCCGUUAUGAGGGCAGACCCUUUUUAUAUUUAUACGGGCAGACCCGAUUUAUCGAUACACGGGCAAAUCCGCUUCAUCGUUACACGGGCAGACCCGAUUUAUCGUUACAUAAGCUUAAUACGGGCGGACCCACUUUACUUCCAAUUCACCGCAUUAUUGGAAAAGUAGUCUUCAUUUUUCGAAAAAAAAGGCUAACGGUCAUUUUUCGCAAAAAAUUUCCUGUACAAUUGAUAUAUUAUACUGACAGAAUUCUUGAAACGAAUUUUGAAAAGAAAAAAUUUUCAAUCGUUUCGAGUCCUUUUUUCAGCUUGUUUGAGCCCUAAAAGUCAAAUCAAACCCUUCUACUCAGAUCAACAAUGUCCGACAUUGUCAACUGGGUGAUGGUGACGCAAUUCGGGAUUUUGAUCAUUUUGUGCGCCGUGAAUGCGCUCGUCUCCCGACUCUAUCCGGCCAUGGCGUUCAUCGACUUUGCUUUUGCGGGAAACCACGCACAGCGUAGGUUUUUGGAUGGAAAAAUGGUCGAAAAGCGUGGAUUUAUGAAGAAAAGUUGCUCUGUUGGUUGUUCAAAGUAUCAGGAAGAUUUUUAAAUGAAAAGGAAGCUUAGAAAUUUAUUGGAAAACUCGCUCCGUAUGCUUGCAUUUAGAUUGGCUGCGCAUCAACUUUAAACCUUAAGCUUGUUUUUUGAUUGAUAGAGGUAGAAAAUAGUAUUAAAAAAAGUUCUGCUCCGUAUCUCCAGUAAUUUAACUGCGCAUCAACUGGAUCUUCCGAUUUCAGUCGACCUCUACACGCAAUUCAGUCACAGCUUGAUCAUGUUUUCUGGUUUCGUGCCGAUUUCCUUGUACGUCACGAUUGAAGUCGUCGAAGUUCUUCAAGGGAUCUUUAUCAAUUGGGUAAUCAAUUCUGAAAAAUUAUAAAUUAAUUAGUGUAUAACUAAGGACCUCGAAAUGAAAAACGAAAAAGGAAAAGGCGUGGAGGUGAAAAUGUUCUCGUUGAACUCGGAUUUGGGAAAAGUUUUAUACUUCUUUUUUUCCAAGAAAUACUGUUAUUUAAAGAUUAAAUACAUAAUGUCGGAUAAGACGGGUACACUCACUCAGAAUUCGAUGCAUUUUCGAAUGUGCUCUGUUGGAGGUUAGCUUUCUGAAAAGAAGAUCGAACACAUAUCAAUUUCAAGGCCUGAAAUACGCGAAUAGGAAAUCGAAACGAAAAGAUAAAUUCUCCCCGAGAAAAUUGCUCGCUCACAUGACGCCUAACAAUAAAUAUGGAUUGGUUCGCUUUGUAUAACAAAUCUGAAAAAAAAUUCCAAUUUCCAGCAUAAUGUUCAAGUUAGAAAUUUUUUGACUGCUUGUGCCGUAUGUCACACUGUCACACCGGAACACAGCGAGACCGAGAGUUCGGUUCGGCCGAUUUUCCACGCAACUUCUCCAGGUUUCUGAACAAGAAACCGAAAAAAAGGAAAAUUCAAAAAUCUUGAAUUCGAAAACGCAAGCACCAAGUUUGCGCCAAUUGUCCUUGAUUGACGCAAAUAUGGUGUCACAAAUUUUUAUUUGUCGUUUUUUUCCGAUUUUUCUUGAUUUUUUGGUUUUCCUUCUUUUUUUAACGUUUUUUUUUCAGAUGAGUUGGCGUUGGUCAAUUUUGCGGCUGAUGCAAACUUUAUUUUCGUUUCGCGGUCUCCAAAAAAAUUGACAGUCGAUGUGGUAAUUUUUUUAUUUUUUGGGAUGUAUUAAUUCAUUCUAUGUUGCCUCACAAGAAGAGCAAGAGGAUUUCUAAAAAAACACUAUACGAGAGUGAAUUUUGGUCCAUUUUUCCAUUUACAAAUUAAUUUUAGAACAUUUUUUCCAUCAAAGUUGUAUUUUUGCUUUAGAAUUGAUCUAUCAACUUUUUAUUUAAUCUUGAAGAUUUCCCACCAAUUGAGUUGAAAGCUAAUUUUUCAGGCUGGAGUCGAAGAAACCUACGAGAUGCGUUGUUUGAUGGAAUUCAACUCGGAUCGGAAAAGAAUGUCGGUUUUGGUCGUGGCUCCCGAUGGCCAAAUUAAGCUUUUCUGCAAGGGCGCCGUAAGAUUGAUUAUUGAUUUUUUGAAUUUGGUUGAAUUGAUUUAGGAUCAUAUAAUCUUCUCGAGGCUUGGCGAGACCCCGGCAAAAGUUUUGAGGAAAACUCAAGCUCAUCUUCAAUCUUUUGCCGUUAAUGGUAGUUUUUUGAUUUUGUGUGUUCAAUUUUUGACUUGCAAGUCUAUUUUUGGUUUGAAAAGGGUGUGAUUAGACUCUUUUUUUUUCUCUGUAAGAUCAGCUAAUGAGCGAUGACAAAGAAAAAUUCAAAAAAAAUGGCGCAAACCUGCCGUGGGAUUGAACUCUUGACUUUUAUUCUCAUACCAGCCUUCUAACCACUACUCCAUAAUGACGACGAACACUGCUCAAUUUUGGUCUUCAACCUAUAGUUAAUAGUUUAUUGAGGAAAAAGCUGUCAGAAGCAGCAAAAACAUGUAUGAGGUUCGAACCCUUGACCUUUUGCUUCUCAUAUCAGCCUCCUAACCACUGCUCCAUCCUCAGGCUACCGAACCCUAUGUUUCGCUGGUCGAACAUUGAGUAAAGAACAAUAUGAGGAAUUCGAAACUCGGUUCGAAACUUCGAAAACUUCCUGCGACCGCAAAGCCAUUCUCGCCAACCUCUUUGACGAUUAUGAGAGGGUGGGUUUUUUGACACGAAGGGAAAUGAUCUGACUUGUCUGCGCUCUCUUUUCUCUAACUUUUGAAAGCUUGGGCCAGCCACAUUUGUGUCCACUAGUUUGAAUCAUUGAAGGCUUACAAAGAAGCCUAGAAAAAUGGUCCCGAAAAAAUAGCAAGGAUAGGAGUCCAGAGAAAGUGUGCUCUAUGGAUAAUCGAAUUUUUUUGGAUUUUUUCAGAUUAUUCUGGACCCUAGUUCAGUGCGGUUUAUCAGUGUGGAGAGUGAAAAAGUGAAUAGGAAAAAGACAUUGUUGGGAUAAGGUUUUCGAAAAAUUUUCUGAAAUUUGUUAGUGGAAAUAAAAUUAUAGAUGAAGAUAUUAUAUCGCGCGGCCGUUUCGCCAAACCUACACAUUUUUUUCAAAAACUGAAGCUAUUUUUCCACGAAAAUUAGUCAUACACCAAAAAAAGUAUCUAAAAGUCAGUCUCAGGAUCUCGAGCUCUAUGGAGUCUCAGCCAUCGAGGACAAGCUACAAGACCAGGCCCCCAGGACCAUUUCCAAAAUGUUGGAAGCCGGUAUCCGCGUUUGGGUUUUGACUGGCGACAAGUUGGAGACGGCCAUUAAUAUUGGUGAUUUUUUGUGGAAAUUGAGGAAAUUUCCGUGUGUUCAAAAAUAGUUCAGAAGCUUAUAAAGUAUCCUUGAGAUUUUCAAAGUUUUUCAGACAUUUUUUGAAACUUCUAGGUUUCCAAAAAAAUUACCGAAUGCUUCAAACAUCACUAAGCGGCCUCUUUCCUAAAACUUUUAGAAAUGCUCCUUUUCAAGCUCCAUUUUUGGCGUUAUAGAGGCAGGAUGCAGAGCGCUCUAUAGAUAGUCAAAUGACAGGAAUUUUUAAAGGAACAUAGAAGGUUUCCAUUAGGUUCUCGAGACGAAGAGCCUUUUCAGUAUCAUUUUGGCGUUUUUAAGAGUUUUCUAGGAGAUUUCAAGUUCUGAAGUCAAUUUCAAGACAAAAAAGGUAGUUUUUAAGGAAAUUCCUGCAAAUUGAUUGAUAUUCGAGCCCCUAUGCUUGUCCUGAACGCGACGACUCGGCAAGAAACGGAGAAACAAAUGGGUUUUUGUCCUCUUUUUAAGAAAAUGAUUCCGAAAUUUGAUUUUAGAAGAGUACAUUGCAAAAAUGGGAGAACGGCUGAAAAAUCGCGAACAGCAAAUUUCGAUGAUUGUUGAUGCGACGGUGAUUUAUUUUCUUGUUGUAAAAAAAAGAGGAAAAUGCAAUCAAACUCGGUACGUGAAGGGGACGCGCCCCGGACGUUUCUGGCCAUUUCUAGGGAUCACUUAGGAGUAUCGACGUUUUUGAGAAGCUCUAGGGAUCACUUAAGCGUACUGACUUUUCUGAACAGCUCUAGGGAUCCCUUAAGAGUAUCGACGUUUCAGAGAAGCUCUAGGGGUCACUUAAGAGUAUCGACGUUUCAGAGAAGCUCUAGGGGUCACUUAAGAGUAUUGACGUGGUUGAGAAGCUCUAGGGAUGACUUAAGCGUACUGACGUUUCUAAAAAGCUCUAGGGACCACUUAAGAGAACUGACGUUUCUGAGCGGCUCUAGGAUCACUUGAGAGUAUUCACAUUUCUGAGCGAUUCUAGGGAUCACUUAAGAGUACUGACGUUUCUGAGAAGCUCUAGGGGUCACUUAAGAGUAUUCACAUUUCUGAGCGAUUCUGGGGAUCACUUAAGAGUACUAUCGUUUCUAAGAAGCUCUAGGGAUGAUUUUAGACUACUGACGUUUCUGGGCGUCUCUAGGGAUCAUUUAAGAGUACUGCCGUUUCUGAGCAAUUCUAGGGGUCACUUAAGAGUACUUAACCCGCUAAAGGUAUCACUUGAAAUGCUCGGAAACGUUCGGCGCGCGUCCGGAAAAAAAAAGAAACAAAGGAAGCUUUGAAGCUCUAAUUGGCUGUGGAGCGCUUUUAAAUAAUCAAUUGUCACACUAAUUUUUUUUUUUUGCCUUUUCUUCCUUUCUAUUACGAUAAUUCAGACGUUGGAUUUCGUCUUGGAAGAUGACGAUUUGUGUAUCACAUUCCUUCAAUUGGCCCUAUGUUGCUCAUCCGUCAUUUGCUGCCGAUGUACCCCACUUCAAAAGGUUUUUAUUUUGGGCGUUUUUCGUUCAAAAUUGAAAAACAACCGAUUUUUUAGGCGACUGUAACUCGCAUGGUUCGCGAUAACGUUUCUGGUAGUGUUCUGGCGAUUGGUGAUGGCGCAAAUGACGUUCCGAUGAUUCAGGUUGGUUGGCCUAGUGGCUAAAUGCCUGGUUUGAGGAUCAGAAGGUGGUUGGAUUGGAUCCUUAGGAUGACAAUUUUUGAUUCCGUGAACUGGGAAAAAUUCAAGUGUCCUUCAGGGGCGCAAAAGAGGUCCCUUUAGUCUACCUAUAAGGUAUUUUUCCCUAUAAGAGUCACUACAGCCAAUAAAUAUAAACAUUUUUAUUUAUGGGUUCUGGUUCAACCCCUCUACUUGCUUUUGCCGUCUUCUGGUUUUUUGUUCGAAGGCUUCAAUGGAAAACUAUCUGUAGGCUCAAUUUUUAUCCUUGUUUUUGUCAUUUUCAAAAGUUUUUUAACCACCGAAGUUUGUAAAAAGGUGAAAAAUCCGAUUUUAAGUUUGAAAGAACUCACGGCCUAUAGCUCUUUGAUUCGAUUCCUCAUCCCGCUUUUGCCAUUUCCAGGAAGCCCAAAUUGGAGUCGCGAUUGCGGGCAAAGAAGGUAUGCAAGCCGCUCUCGCAGCCGAUUACGUUGUUUCUCAGGUACCCCGGUAAUCUCUGCUAAAAUGAGCAAUGCGUUGCAGUUCAAACAUCUGGAAAGGUUACUCCUCGUUCACGGAACUCUUUCCGUGUUCAGAACGUCGAAAACCGUCAUGUUCUGUCUAUAUAAGAACAUCCUGGAAACUUUUAUGAUGGUGAACUUUUUCAGAGUGUAUCUUUGGGGUCUGCAGUUCAUUUGAAUUUUUUUAGGGUACCAGAAUUUCGGGAUUAGGGUAGAGAUUUUGAAAGUAGAUCUAAAACUGAAAAAAGUAGUUUUUUUUUCUAUAAACUAACUGAGAGAUUUUCAAAGGCUUGUAGAUGGUUUAAAAAUUUUCGAAGCUCUUUUGAAGUGAUUAGAAGAUUCAUUAAAGGGUUUUGGAAUGUUUUUCAUAUUUUGUAAGAGUUUAAAAGUUUUUCUGAGAGUCUACAGAGAUGCUGGAAAGCCUAUAAAUUAUUUUGAAAUUUUCUUAGGAUUCUUGGAAUUUUUUGGAAGGAAUUUUGAAGAGUUAUGAAGCGCCAGGUAGUGUUCGAAACAUGUUGAGUUUUUUUUUAGUUCUUUUUUAGGCUUUUUUCAGUUUUUUCUUUUUUUUUCUAUGAAGUCUCGAAGCUGUUCAAUCAGUCUGAUGUAAAUAAAAACGUUUUCUUCAAUUUUUUUUUCAGACCUAAAAAAGGUUUUUUUCUAGACAAUUUCAAACGCUUUUAUUAACUGAAUUUUGAAAGUUUCCUUAGGCCCUCUUUUGCUACUACAACGGUCGGAGCAGCCAAAUGAUGGGCGAUCCGUGGAUGUCGAUUUUUUACAAUGUCUGCUUCACAAGGUCGGAUACUCAGUCAAGAACUAGUGACGUCAAUUUUUCAAGUUGGUGCUCACUGAUGCUCGGAAUCGCCGACCGCCCUGCCACCACCAGUUUCCUAGUCAAAUAUCCGAGAGUCUACACAGCUUAUCAGAACCAUAUCAACGUACCGGUGAGUUUGGCCGAGUGGUUAAGAGCCUUAAAUACCACUAAAAGCUAGUUGGUUCGAGUCCACUUGAGGUUUUUUGCAGAUUCAAUCUCUUUGGCUGUUCAGCGGCAUUUGUAAUGGCUUCACGACGUUCUACAUCACGAGAAUGACUUUUAGCGAAUGUUUUGAAUUUUUUGGGAAGAAGUUGAAAAUUCAUCUUCUAGCUUCACUGUUGAUGGAUGGCCGAGAAUUGUCGAUUUACGUUUUUGGCUACUUGAUUUAUUUCUCCACCCUCAGUGUCGCGAACUUCAAGGCGCUUCUGGAGACGACGUCAAUUACAAUGGUUCGGAAAUGAUAUUAGAGUUGGGACAAGAAAUACGUGUUGAGAUUUCGUUUUAGAAUUGUUCCAUGCGCCUUUAAUUUUUGUUUAUAUUUUGACUAAUUCUUGGAGAAUUUUUUUUAAUAUGAUUCUCUAUCAUUAGCCACUGGUUGAAGCUUUUUUCUGGAUUUUGGACGGGCAUACACGGGAUAGUCUCGAGGGGACCUGGAAAAUGGGAGGGGACUUGUCAAAAAAACGAGUAAAAAAUAUUCAGGGUGCGUGCUGGACAGCGCUAGUCUGAUCUUAUGAAAAAAAUCAAAAUUUCAUUUUUUUAAAGGGGGACUUGGCUGUUGCCAGUAAUGCUCAUUCCAUGUAUGCUGACGGUUCGAAGGUGAUUUUAUAUUUGAGAAAAAUGGCUACUUCUUAGAAGCUUUUUUUACUCGCGUAAUUGAAGGUUUUUUCCCAAGAAAUUGUCAUUAAUUUGGUUUCCAAUUUAAAAAGUUUGAACGCGUUGCGGCUCGCGUCGCGGCUCAAGUUAGAGAAACUUCAACUUGAACUUUUAAUCUGGAAAAUCUUCUUUAAAACCGCUUUGCGUUAUUCCAGUGCAACUAUAGUUUAACGAGCUACUGAAAUUACCAGCUUCAUUCAAAAAUUCUCUGAGAAGCAUGAAAAUUUGCAAAAAGUCAAUUAAAAACGAAAAACGGUCCUUUUCCUGUCCCGAAAAUUGGCCUUUCUCGUCAUUUUUUACUUCCAUUUGCAGCUCUCCGUGAUCGCAGCCGCCAUCGCUUUCACAUUUUUCGUCGUCGUUUUAUUCUUCCAAUCGUUUUUCCAACGCUACUUCGCCGUCUUUCAUGUGGCAAAUGUAUCGUUCUUAUCCUUGGGAUCAAGCUCAUAAUUCUACAGGAAAAUGAAGGGAUCAUCUUCGAGCUGCCGUACAUUUAUAUGUGCCUUCUGUUCUUGAUGUGCGUGGUUGCUUCGUUACUCCCGGACUUGACGUUUCAUUUGUGAGUUCUUAAAAGUGUUUCUUAAAAAAAAAUUUAAAUAAAAGAUUUUUGUUGGAAAAAUGUAUGAGGGGUGGAUUUAUAGAAAGUUGGCUAAAUUGAUAGAAAAAUGAGCUUAAAAAGCCUCAAAGAACUGUAAAGUUCAGAGAUUGAUCUGUGCUCCAAUUUUCAAAAAAUAUGCUAAGUUUUUUCCUGGUCCUUUUUUUUCCUAGGAAACUUUUGAACGGAUAGGUAUAGGAAAAAAAAUCAGAAAAUACAAAUUUCUCACCGACUACUUAUCAAUAGAGCUUCUGUAGCUUUUUUUUCAUAGCUCGAUUUUUUUUCCGGAUAAUUUAAGCCUUGAGUCUGUUAAAACAGCCUUUUUUUCCAUUAUUUUAAAGCCAAAAAUUCUUACAUGGUUCAAAAUAACCUUAAAAACGAGCCCUCGCCCGAAAUUUUGAUCAAAUUCUCAAGUGUUUCUUAAAAAAAUUUUUAAAAAAAGAUUUUUUUGAUCGAAAUGAUUUCAUUUUUUUCGCGUUAAUAAUCAUUUAUACGGUAAUAAACACAGGUUCACCUCAAUCUUCAAAGCGGACGUCAGACAGCAGAUCCAAUGGUCGGCCGGCAUCCGCGGACCCAACCUACACAAGCUCUACCAGCCGAUUUAUAAGAUUUGCGACGUCGUCGGCAUCCGCGUCAAUCUGGAGACUGGAAAACGUUUUCAUUCCUUUUUCCUUUUUUCUUGGUCACAGUAAAAUUGAGAUGCAGUUUUUCACGGUAAAUUAGGAUCAAAAAGAGCUGAGAAAAUGUGGAAUUUAAAAGAAAGGAGUUGAAAUUUGAAUUUUAUAACGUUUUGGCUGAUUUGGCGCCAAUGUUGACUAAUAAUACCAGAAGUAGAGUUCCGAGAAGAAGGUUUCAAAUUUGACAGCGCCCAAAUAAGUCAGAAUUUUCUACUCUGGUAAUGGUUGGGAAGCUUCUGCUUCCGGUUUCUCGGAAAUCGUUUGAAAGCUUUCCAGCAAGUGGUCGAACGCCUUAAUAAUGAUUUAUUUCAUUCACAAAAUUCUUCCACAUAGCUUCCCAACGCCUUCUACUCAGAAAAAGCCUGCCGGAAGCCUUCCAGAAGCUUUUCAGCAGGGUUCUGAAUGCCUUCUGGCAGGUAUAACCAACUAACUUCCGAACGCCUUCUCAAGGCUUUCUUAAGACCUUCUAGCUUCCAUACACCUUCCAACCUCUAGCUGGUUACCUUCCCAACACCUUCUUAGGAUUUGUCUGAACUUUGAAAAAUCGUAUACUUUUUUCAAAAAUUGAUCCGUUUUGGGUAUCAACACAGCCUGCUUCUAACAUCAAAUCGGCUGACUUUAACAAUUUUGAGCGUUUUUAACUGUUUUUGAAGAUCGUUUUUGGAAUUUUUGAGCGCGUUUUCAGAAUCAGAGUUUCGAACUGCGCUUAUUCAACUAAUUUGUAGCGUUUUUUACCUCCCGGUUGAACUUUUGACCCAACUGCACACUUCUAAAGCUUGAAAUAGCGCUUUUUCUCAUAUUUUGCGUAUUCUACGGGCUUUGAAGCUUCAACUCGAAAAAAAAGAUUUACCGCAAUAAUAUUUUUUAUCUUGUUCUCCAAAAAAGAAGUCCUAAAGUACAAUCAAAAGUUCAACCGAGAGGUAAAACGUUCCCUAGUAAGUCUCCUUCAAAUAUAUACAGAGCUGAGACCAGUCCCUUUCAAGCUUUUAUUGCAACCGACUUCAGACGGUUUCGCUUUUGCGCAAGACGACGGCAAAGCGGUCACCCAGCAGCAGAUCAUUGACCAUUGCAAGGAGACGACUGAGGUCAGGAUCCGAGUCUGAAUUUUUCAGAGAAAUGGAGUUUCAGCAGCCCAAGCAUUCGAGGUCCGACAAAACUGUCGAGUCAUCGACUAGAUCUGAUCAACAGAGAAGUCCGCCUGAAAAUUCAAACGUUUCCGGUGCAACUGAUGGGGUGAGUUGACGUCAUUUGGGAUGUUUUGUGACGUCAUGAACUUAUAAAAAAAAUAAAAUGACGUCAUGAACGAAAGAAUUCUAUGGAGCUUUUUCAAAAUUUCGAAAAUAAAUAGACUUUCAAAGUUUCUUUUUUCAUGAAGUUUGAAGGCUUUGAGGAGUUCUAUGAGAUUUUUGAAAAGUUUGCUUUCAUCAGCAAUUUACUUUGAAGUGAUAUGAUCAAUCGGAUGACGUCAUUUUUUUUUUUUUUUGAAGAAGUCACAAAUGGGACAAAUGUCAACAACUUCGAUGACUGGAAAGGAAAGCACUACAAAGGCCAAUACGUCGAAGUCGAAUCUGGAGUCUAUUCAGGAGACGGACGUCGUCUUGUGA